UAUAUAUAAUAAAUACAUGCAUCCAUACAUAUCACAUGUAUACACACAGGUGACUAGUUUACCUUUCUGAAGUUGCUGUGUGUAUGUGUAACAUUGCAAUAGUUUGUGACACCACCACCACCACAAUAACAACACAAAAACAACAACAACAGUGCUGUUGAUGCUGCAGGUGAUAUAAUAUAUACACACACUUUACAUAUAUAUAUAUAUAUAUAUAUAUAUAUACACACACACACAUAUAUACAUACAGUGGAAAGUAUGUACCUGUCAAGUCUACCAUGAAGGCGGAAAAAUCAGCAUUUUAAUAACCAUGAGCCUCAAUACGCUGGUCGGACUGUUGCUUUUGUUGUUUCUUCCUGAAGGCUUCACUGUGGACCUUACCUACCAUAUAGAGGAAGAAAGAAGUCCUGGGACCUUUAUAGGGGACAUUGCUGCUGACUCCCCUCUACUAAAUGGUUUUCUAAUUGAUGAACAUGAAAGAAUCUCCUUCAGCCAACUCCAACGGAAAGUGUCCGGAACUUCCCAACUGUUUAAUAUAACUAAACACGGGAGAUUGUUUACAGCUCAGACCUUGGAUGCUGAAGUUUUGUGUAUUUAUAACAAGGAAUGUUCUAGAAUCAUUAAAGUUGCUGUUCAUCAGAAAAAGACAUUUAUGAAGAUCUUAAAGAUUAAAGUCAUAAUAGAAGACAUCAAUGACCACCAACCUGAGUUUCCUGUCAAAGAAGUCGACCUUCAUUUCCUUGAAUCAGACAGAACCAAAACAGUGAAACCGAUACCAAAUGUCAUAGACAAAGACAUUGGUGUUUUAAAUUCUUUGAUAAAAUAUGAACUUCGGAAGAACCCAGAUGAACCAUUUUCAUUGUCAGUCACCAAACGAGUUGACGGGAGAUCAAAGAUUAAUCUUCUUUUGGAUGAAGAAUUAGACAGAGAAGUUAAAGGGAAUUAUACUCUUCAGAUUAUUGCUAAAGAUGGAGGAUCUCCACCCAAAGUUGGGAUUUUAAAUGUCCAAAUUUCAGUCAUUGAUGUCAAUGACAACUUACCAAUUUUCCACCGGAAUACCUUUAAUGUCUCCAUAAAAAGUAGCCACAAUAAAAACAAACCCAUUAUUACAUUGACAGCAACAGAUUCUGACAUUGGAGAAAAUGGCAAAGUUUUUUACCAUUUCAGCCCUAAAACAUUAAAUGAAGACAAAAAAAAUUUCUAUUUAAAACCAGAUUCUGGUGAAAUUCUAUUAAAAGAAACAUUUGUUCCAGGUCAAAAACAAACGUAUAAAUUGUUUGUGGAAGCUAUUGAUGGUGGUAAACCAUCACUCAGCUCCACAGCUCUGGUUCUUGUCAAUGUAAUCAACCAGCAGAACAACAGACCUAUAAUUAGCGUAGACUUUGUGUCUGCAAUAUCAGAGAAUUCCACUGCAAUUCCUGAAGACAUUGAAGUGGGAAGCUUUAUUGCUUAUGUGAUGGUCACUGAUGAUGACUUGGGGCAAAAUGGUGAAGUGACAUGUGACCUCAAACAUGAAGUAUUCAAACUGUUGAGUUUAGGUUCUAAAGAAUUCAAAAUAACAUUAAAACGGUCAGUCGAUAGAGAAAUAAAAGAUUAUUAUCAUAUCACCAUUAGCUGUGAAGAUCAAGGAACUCCUCCAUUGAAAUCUAAAAGAAAUUUCUCCAUACAAGUUAUUGAUGUCAACGAUGUACAGCCUCAAUUUACUAAAGUCACAUAUAAAUUCCUCACCUAUGAAAACAAACCCCCAAAUUUCCCUAUUGGCUUCAUUGAUGCUACAGACCCUGAUUUGGGGCCUGGGGGAGAGUUGACAUAUUCCUUAAAAGAUGAAGGUAAUCUGCCCUUGUUUAUAACAAAAAAUGGUUUCAUAUUGACAACCCAGUCACUAGAUAGGGAGCAGCAAGAUGUAUACAGAUUUAAGGUUUUUGUCAAAGACAAUGGGGUGAACUCCCUAAAUAAUACAGCAAACAUUAUUGUGGAAGUGAUGGACGAAAAUGAUAAUGCCCCUUACUUUACAUUCCCCAGUGUUAGUCCCUUUAGUUUAGACAUUCAUUAUUAUCCCCAGAGUAAGAAUGACAUCACAGUCCUGCGGGCAUCCGACAGAGAUAGUCGUGAGAAUGCAUUUCUCAGGUACGAAAUCAUCGCAGGUAACGACAAACAUUUGUUUUCUGUCAAUUUUUACACAGGUGUUCUGUCUUUCUCUCGAACAGUUUACCAAAAUGAUGCUGGGUCAUAUGACCUGCAGUUUCUGGUGAAAGACAGUGGGACCCCAGUCCUGUCGGCAACCACUGUUGUGGCAUUAACACUGACCGUCAGUAACGAAACCUUCACGGCUUUCUCAGCUGUUCAAGUCCAAUCUGAAGACAUGAUAGAUGUGAAUCUGGUGAUCAUCAUAGUCGUUGUUGCGGUGCUAUUGUCCAUAGCCAUCGUUAUUUUCAUCACAGUGACUGCAAUCAGGUGCAACAAUCAAAGAAACAAUACUGCCGCAGAGAAUCAGCCAUACCAAUCAAGGACGGAAAUGAAACAAUUAAUUUACCAAACCAGUAACCCCAUCGUCCUUGCGGGGAACCCAGAGGAGAUGUUAAAUAGAAACACACAAUCUAUGAAAUCUAAAAAUCAGUUUUAUCCCGAAGAAGAAUCACAGAACGAAUGGAAAACAUCAACAAUGGUAACAACUUUACCAAAAUUAACGAAGCCCAAGUCAAAGAUGUACCAGCCAGCCAUUACAGCCACUUCCUGUGCAGGUGAACCGGAUGUUGAUGAGAUGAUGAUCAUGGGUCCCAGUUAUUUAAGUGACAGAGACACUGGCCAUAUGUGGAGCCGAGGAGACAAGGAUCAAUACGAAGAGAUUCCAGCUAUGUUAGCCCUGCAUAAUUACAGACAAAAUAUGACCUCAGCCCCAAACCGGGGCCAGUACUAGGUACCAGAUUGACAAGAGAAAGGGGACAACAGCAGAACCGUCACGCACAAAGCAAAGGGCUGAACUGGACAACAUGGUAGAACGUAACUAUGGUAACAAUGGUGACCACAGGGAGAUGGUAUGGUGUGUCUCUUUACACUGGACAAUGUCAGUAGUGGGGAUAGCAACAACUGUAAUAGAAAUAGCAGCCAAAUCUCCCUUCAGUCACACCUACCUUUUCCAAUAAUGAAAGGACACAUUAAUGAGUGGAGUCCUAGAUACAUUUGAAAUGACAGGAGGUUCAUAGUUGGAAUGUCUUUGGUAAUAUGCCUACAUGAGGAGGUUUGACCUGGGGCUAAACAACAGCAGCUUCAACAAGAAACAACAACAAUGUUAUGCAGAACGACAACAGCUACAACAACCACAACAACAACCACCACUACAACCAACACCACUACAACAUAGAAACAAUGGCUCGAUAUUUCAUUGUUUAACAUUUAAUGAUAAAAAUACGUAAAAUAUGUAAAUAAAAAUAUGUAAAUGUGGAUUAUAAUUUAUAUAUAUUAAAUGGCAUAUACACACACACAUACAUACAUGCA